AUGGAUCCUAGCAGUAUUAGGAUCGUGAGCAACAUCACUCGGCCACCAUCCGUCCAUUCUCUCCGAUCCGCUCUCAAGGCGCUCGACAUACCUUCCAUGCCUCCCUCUGUGCCCUUACCGCCCAUCCCGACAUCUCCAAGGUCAUCAAUAAAAUCACCUUCGUCAAUAAAAUCGCGGUCAGCAACCAUUACGGGAGUGGCAUCUCCCAGGCUGGGCACAGGGUCGAUGAAAAAGGCCUCCUUCACAUCCCUGGCCUUUCGUCCGCAUAAACCCAUCAAGUAUGGGACUGGAAAGCACUCUCACGUGGAACUGGUGCCUCAACCAAGCGACGAUCCACAAGAUCCGCUGAACUGGCCCCAAUGGAGGAAAGAAUUAAACCUGGCAUCCUUACUCUUCAUGGCGUGCUUGAUCGGCGCAAUGAAGACGGCCCUCAUCACCGUCAACGACGUCCUCUCCACUCGCUACCACGUCUCCUAUACCUGGAUCGCCGCUUUGACGGCUACGCCUUUGAUGGUCUCGGCUGCCACCGGCUUCCUCAGCUCAGUCGCGGCAAAGCUGGCAGGGAAACGGCCGGUAUAUCUCGUCUCUGCGGCCUUCAUCUUCGCCGGCUGCCUCUGGAAUAUGACGGCGGGCUCUAGCUAUGGCUCGUGCAUGGGCGCUCGAGUCAUGCAAGGACUCGGCUGGGGUGCCUUUGACACCUUAUUGAUGGAGACUAUCCAAGAUACCUUCUACGAACAUGAGAGAAACGCCCGAGUCUCUCUAUACACCAUUCUCACCAUCACAUCAACCUGGGCAUCGCCCCUUAUUGGAGGCGUCGUCUCCGGCAAUGUCGGGCCCUUUGCCCAAUACCGCAUCAUCAGCGCUCUCUUCGCAGUCGCCAUCCCCAUGCUGGCCCUCACCGCGCCAGAGACCGCCUUCGACCGCUCCAAAGCCGCCAUCGCCACUACGCCGGUGCUCAACUACACGUUCCCCUGGGAGCCGCAGCCGACGCACGUCACCCUCAGCAGGGACUCGGCGAUUGACUAUGUCAGGGAGAUGAAGCCGUGGUCGUUUGCCGGCGAGAAGAGCAUCUCGACUUCGCUCCAGGCACCAAGGGCCCUUGCCGCUCCCACCACGACGCUCGUCUUCCUCGCCACGGCGCUGCCGCACUGUUUCCUCUGGGGGCUCAUCGCCUCGCUGUCUCUUCUGCUCUCCCCCGGACCGUUCAAUCUCCGGCCCAGCAUCCUCGGGACCCUCUUGACAGGACCCUGGAUCCUUGCGGCACUUGUCGUCGCGGCCAUCUGCUUCUACCGCUCCGCUCACCACAAAUUCACCCGCUGCGUCAGCAGCCUCACCAUCGCCGGCGGCUCCCUCCUCGCCCUCAUCGGCCUCUUAUCCUUUGGCCUCAACGUCGGCAGCUUCAUCUCAGGCCCAACAACCUCCUCCUCCUCCUCCUCCCUGCUCGCCCCCGAAGCCUCCCGCGACCUCAACCUCCCCCUCCUCUCCCUCCAGCUGGGCCUCCUCGCCGCCGGCGCCUCCACCCUCGAGGCCGCCGCCCGCCCGCUGCUCGCCCGCUCCGCCUCCUUCACCGCCUCCAGCAUGGCCGCCGCCCAGCGCAGCAUCGGCGACAUGCACUCCUGGGUCGUCAUCCUCCGGAAUCUCCUCGCUGGCGCCUUCGUCCUCGCCGUCCCGCACGCCGUCGCGCUCCGGCCGGGCGGCCUCAGGGCGCUCAUCAUCGGCUUGGCCACCGCGCAGGCCGGCGUCACGGUGUUCGUGCUGCUGCUGUGGCGCUUCUGGGAGGAGGCCGUUUGGAGGGUCGACGGCAAGGUCAUGGGGUUGGUGAACCUGCGGAUGCCGCAUCCCGAAGAGAGCUUUUUCGAUACCGAUUGA